UGUGCAAAACCCUCUUUCAAAUCUUUGACUUGGCAUUUAUUCAUCAUGUCCUCCGACUCAAAGAGUGUUCAGUGCUACGGUCGCAAGAAAACCGCCACUGCCGUUGCUCACUGCAAGGCUGGUAAGGGUCUUAUUCGCCUCAACGGAUCCCCCCUUGAGCUCGUUGAGCCUGAUAUUUUGAAAUUCAAGGUCUAUGAGCCCAUUCUCCGCGUUGGCUCCGAUAAGUUUGCCAACGUCGAUAUCCGUAUCCGUGUCAAGGGUGGUGGACACACCUCUCAGAUCUAUGCUAUCCGUCAGGCUCUUGCCAAGUCAAUCGUCGCCUACUACCAGAAGUAUGUUGAUGAGGCCUCCAAGAACGAGCUCAAGCAGAUCUUCCUCCAGUAUGACCGUACCCUUCUCGUUGCUGAUCCCCGUCGCUGCGAGCCCAAGAAGUUCGGUGGUGCUGGUGCCCGUGCCAGAUACCAGAAGUCUUACCGUUAAAUAUCGAAGGACUGGCGGGAUGUUCGAUCUUUUUUGCGACUUGUUCAGUUUGGAGUUGUAUUUGGACAACUGUUCCGACUCUAUUUCAGGCAGCAAUAGAGAUCGUGCAUAUACGAAUAAAUUGACAUCCGUAAAUGUAUCUUUUUUACCUGUGC